GCGCACGCUCCAGUCGGGCUGGGCGACGCUGCGGCAGUGGGAGGAGCGGAUGAGAGACGACAUCCUCGCGUCGGCCGAGGUCAUCUGCAGCACCCUCAUCGGCGCUGGUUCGGAGUCGCUUUGCGGCCGCACCUUCUCGCUUGUGGUGAUCGACGAGGCGACGCAGGCGACGGAGCCCCGCGCCUCCAUCGCCCUCGCCCUCGCCCGCGGCCGCGUGGUCCUUGUCGGCGACCCGCAGCAGCUUCCGCCCACGACGCUCUCCGAGGAGGCGCGCAGGGCGGGCCUCGCCGUCUCGCUGUUCGAGCGCGCCCUCGCCGCAGGCGUCGCCCCGUAUCUCCCCAUAUCUCCCCAUAUCUCCCCGUAUCUCCCCGUAUCUCCCCGGGUCGCCCCCGUCGUGCUAACCACUCAGUACCGCAUGCACCCGCUCCUCGCCGCCUUCUCGAGCGCAGCCUUCUACCGCGGCGCCCUCACCAACGGUGCCGACCCCGCCUCCCGCCUCCCGCCGCCGCGCUGGCCGAGCAGACGCCCUCUCCUCUUCGUCGACGCCGCUGGACGGCGCGGGGGCGAGAGGGCGGCGCCCGGCGGCGUCUCCGUCCUCAACCACACCGAGGCGCACUCUCGGGGAAUCUCGCGGGGAAUCUCGGGGAAUCUCGGGAAGCCUCGUGGAAUCUCGGGGAAUCUCGGGGAAUCUCGGGUAAGAGGGGUCUCCGUCCUGCACACCGAGGCGCGCGCUGUCGCUGACGUGGUGGCUCGCGUGUGCGGGCGGGAGGGCGGCGCGGCGCCGUCCGACGUCGGCGUCGUCUCGCCGUACCUCGGCCAG